GAGGGGCGGGGCUUCGUGAGAGCAGCACAGCAGAGAGCCAACCUACCUACAUGCUUAUUGUGUAAAUCUUUAAAAAGCAAUUAGCCGCAGCAUCAUCUAAACCUUGGCCCCCCUCUCUUUGGUUUGGUCAAAUACAUAUUUUUGUUUCUUGGACAGAAGUGUUUCCAAGCGGCUCCAGGAAAGCAGGCGACCAUCAUCAUCCUCAACCAUGACUGACAGGAAAGCUGUGAUCAAGAACGCGGACAUGUCCGAGGACAUGCAGCAGGACGCGGUGGAUUGUGCCACGCAGGCCAUGGAGAAGUACAACAUAGAGAAGGACAUCGCAGCCUACAUCAAGAAGGAAUUUGACAAGAAGUACAACCCCACCUGGCACUGCAUCGUCGGGAGGAACUUUGGCAGCUACGUCACCCACGAGACAAAGCAUUUCAUUUACUUCUACUUGGGCCAAGUGGCCAUCUUGCUCUUCAAGUCUGGCUGAGAAGUUUCUGAUGGGUGUUGAGGAGUUCUUCUCCCUGAAACCUAAAUCGGAAAUGCACUGGUGGCUGAUGUCUCCCAUACACUAAUAACGACAUACCAUAACGAUGCAAAACCGGCCGUGCGCAAUUGCAUGGACUAUACACUAUUUAAUAUGUAUGUUACAGUAAGUUUACUUUUCGAUAGUUGCCAUUUGAAUGCAACUGAAGUAGUUUUUGUUGAUGCUGUUAAAAUUCUAGGUUGUGAAAGAUUUCAACGUGGCCCUUGAUUGUAUAAUAAAGGAAAGCUGUAGAAUGUAGUGGUGCAUCUGCUUUCCUUCACGAGUGGCAUUGCCCCAGACCCGUUAUGAGACUCCAUCUGUCGGGUUAGAUGGUAAAAUCAUACCACGUGCACCAGUUAAACAAUUCAUCAUCAAGAUCUUAAUGUGCGAAUAUGAAAGGAAGCUGGUUUUAAAGGGGCAGAAACAGUCGUUACUUCUUCAGUCGGGAACACACAGCAUGAGUUCACUUUAUUACUGCGGUCUUACUUAUUUAAAAUAAUUCUGUUGUCUGUAGAUGCAAAAAAAAAACAAAAAACAAAACCUUUAACGUUUUUUCGAUUAGAAAAAUAAAAACAACUCCCACUGCUGUGAAAUUUUAGCAGCCGUGUUCAGAAAAACAGAUGUCACAACAUCCAACACACUUGACACUUUGGAACCAACACAAGCCAGUGCAAGCAUUUCCAGGGAUGUUUGUUCUUAGAUUUACACUGUGAGGGACGACGGAGCGAACACAGCUCACACACACACACACACACACACACACACAGACCUUAGCCUGUAAUGUUCAGGUAACAACACUGCAGACUUUGUUACCAAAAUCUCCCGUCUCCUACCUAGAUUUAUUUCUUUUAAUCCUGUGUUUCUGCAUGUUUGGAGGACAAUAAUCACCGUUUCUUCUGCCGUCAUCAGAUAGAAAUGAAAGCUCAUUUUGAAGCUAGAUAAUUCAUUUAACUUUCACUUUUGAGUAUGUAGAUAUUGGACUGAGCCAGUGUGUGUCUUGUCCCAGUAAUUGCUGUAAAGCUAGGAAGGUGAUAUCGAUUAAAAAAACAAACAAAAAAACAUCUGCAGGCAACUCUACUGAGGCUACCAACACCCCUGUGUUUCAGAUGGUCGUGUCGUCUUGUAAUACGUUCCAGUUGCAUUAACCCUAACCUUUUAUUAUUUGCAUCGCAAGUGUACUGCCAGACAUUGGAGUUGGGACUUCUUAAUUAAGCAACUGCAAGCAGGUGUAUCUCUUGUCUAGCACAGUGAUUUUAGGAUUUCAUUUUGUCAUGUCAGUAUAAUUAGUUUGAAAUGGCAAUGCACAAUGUUUGGAUUGUGAUGAGACGUGUUCUUUGGGAGGGCAGGUUUGGAGGGAUUCAGUCCCCGGAGGUGGAUAACACCACACAUUUCUCGCCGUGCGUAAAGACUGAAUGUUUGCUCAGUUUUUAUCUCCCAUAAUCCAACAAUGGGUGAAAUGUGUUACUCACAAGUGUUAGCUUGGAUAGACAUUGUGUCUGCGGGAAGUCUUCCUAACUAUUGUCAAUGUAAACUGAUUUUAGUAUUGUUUUCCUCUGGCAUGUAUUUUUGCUGUGUAUGUGUAGGAGCCGUUCCAAUGCUGUUCAAUUUUGCACAAAACGUGUGCCUGUCAUUGCUCUCAACUGUAACCGGCUUGAGUACAAUUGCACUUCAUUAGAAUUAUCCAGUAGGUUGCUACAGAACCAAAAUCGUAUAAACUCGAUAAAAUAAAAAUUAAUUGUUGACUUAUUA